AUGGAGUGCGCGACUUGCAAAAAGCCCGCCACUCUAGCAUGUAGUGGAUGCAAAGGAGCUACUGUCCUCGAAGGCGACGCUCCUUCCGUUCACUAUUGCAACGCGGGGUGCCAGAAAGCCAACUGGACUCAGCACAAAGCAACUUGUCGACGUCUUCAAGAUCGUAUUGUCCUCUAUAGCGUCGUAGAGAUGGCUCAGAGGCUAUUCUACGUCAAUCGUGAAUUGACUUGGAUCUACCUCGACAUUGAGAAGGUCGAGAAGACAAGCGAUCGAAUGGAAACCACCUGGCCCGCAGAUUACCGGGUCUUUCCCUCCCAACUCGUAUCAUCCAAGGAAGACAAGAAUUCAAUAUUGGUCUUCCUUGCUUGUAUAGAGGGAUAUAUGUGGACUGUGGAAUUCGUCGAGGGCAUGCUAAAGGGGAUCGUCACUACUUCGACUCAUGUCGUUUACAAGACCAAAAACGACAAGCUGCGCACACGUUGCUAUUCAAUGACAACCCCUAUUGAAGAAAUUGUGCGUGAUACUGGUGGAAUCACCCACGAGAUGUUGAAGGUCACGUUGCGCUCAGGAGAGGUGUUUGCGGUCGAUAUCACAGGCGCCCAGUAUGGAUACAAUGAGCCCGUCACGCCUUGGACCAAAUACCAAAACGAUCGGAUUCUCUUCCAGUAUCCAGAGAGUGGUCAGCCUGCUCCGCGCCCUUAUCGGCUACUGCAAGUCAACGAUUACAGCCUCCAGAAGCUCAUCUACUUCUGCAAGAAGAUGGCUGGGGACAAAACUGCGGAGGAGGCCAUACCUUUUGUUUUUGCAGGUACCCUCAAGGCAAUGAACCUCCGCAUACUCGGUUGGCAAGGUAACGAGAAGCUCAGUCUCAGAGAUAUGUGGAAGCUGCCAGAGAAAACGUUGCGCGUGAAGCUCAAUGAUCUGAUAGAUUUCGUUGAGUGGAGUUUUCAUGGUAUUGUUCAGUAUCCUUGGUCAACUGUCAAUGGAAAGAGAUUGGCCACGGAGAACAAGCAUUCUUGGGUAUACGGGAAGAAAUGA